AUGUAUGGACUAAUGACUGUGCUAUAUCUACAAGAAAAUUAAGAUGUACCAAUGAGAGAUUUCAAUCAACCUGAUUUUGUUUACGUUAUCUAAGGAUCAAUAAAAGUAGAGUUAACAAAGUUUGUGGACAAGGAUAAUAAAACAUUACACACAUGCGAAUUGGAUGAAGGCAAAUUUGUAGAUCCUGAAAAAAGAUACAAAGACAAGAUCAAGAAUCUAAGUAUUGAUAGAAUUUACAGUACUUCCGCCUAGACCAUUGAGUUUAAGCAAGACACUUUAAUAGAAAAUGAAAAUGAGGUUGCUAAAUAUGUUUACCUUGUGCUUAGAGGAGAAAUCAAACUCAUGAAGAGGCCUGAGUUUCUCUAUGAUAAAAAUGGGAAAAUAAUUAAAACUAUAAAAUAACUUGAAUUCAUCAAGAAUCCUAUCUAAAGUGAGGAGCACCUUGGUAUAGAAUUGGGAAUAGUAACGGGAGAAAAUUUCCUCUGUGAGGACUCUGGAUUAUUCAACCUUCCCUUAAGCUAUUCAGCUGUAGCUAAAACAGAUGUCAUAGUAUAUCGUAUUUCCUCACAAGAAAUGCUUCAAACUUGGCCUAAAGAGUGUAUAAACGAGAUGAAGAUAAAGGUUUUAGAAAAAUAUAGAUGGUUUUAUGAUAGGCUGAUUAAAAUUGAAGAGUACUUAUUGGAAAAUCAAAAGAACUUCAAUCUACUCUAGGGAGCUAAGGACAUUAACAGGCAUAUCUUCAACAAUUAUCCUUAAGGUUCAGAAUAAGCUAGAGAUCAACUUAAGAAAACUCACCUAAAGCUUGCAGAUUAAAACUAUAAAAUAUAUCUGACUAGUUAAAAUCGAAGAAUGCAUAAAUAUUCAAAGCCAUUGACGAAUUACAUUCAAGAUGAUGAUUUGAAACGAUUAGAACAAUUGAGAGAGUAAAUAUUUGGCUAUGAAAAGCCGGAGAAAUAGCAUAAAAAUAGGUAUAAAUAAAUUGAUCCUAAUUCUGAGACGAAGGACCAAUAUCAUCAUCUGAGCAGUCUUGGAAUGCUUGCACCUAAUCCAAAUAUCAAGAAUGAUUGCAAGAUAAUUGACUAUGAUUACAUGAAAACCUAGAGCGCAGUUCAUGUCAACCGUAUAAAAGUAAUGGAAUCAUCAAUAGAUUAGGAAGCUGAAACUUAGGCAGCUACGAUAUUUUCGAAUCAAAAAUUAAUAUCCACCGCCUAACAUAGAUCGAGGCAUUAAAAAAGAGCUUAAUACCUUUAAAGCAUUAACAAAUCGUUUGGACAAAUAGACCUUGGUUAUGAUAAAGCUCAUACAAAAAAGGUGGCACUAGCAGCACAGUUUACAUCAAGGUCAUUAAAUAUUGCUAAAACUCUUAAUAUUCGUGGAGAAUUCAGACCUAAUACUACAGCCAAUUCGAAUAUUAACAGCUUUAGGAAAUAGCUGAUGAAUUAAACCUUAUUGGAGAAAAUGAACUAAAGCUAUUAAAACUUCCGUGAAAAUUCCAUUAUAAAGGCUAAUGCCACAACGACAGCUGGAGAAAUCCCAUCAGGAAUGGUAACUUAGCUUAAGAAAAAUCUGAGUACUUAGCAGCAACCAUAGAAUGAAUAUGCAUUAGUAUCCUAAAAGACAAUGAGAGGUAGAAAUAACAUUAAAGGCAAGACAUUCGUCGAAGUACCAUUUUAGAAAUAUGAGACAAAGAUCAAUAGUUUGUUCAAAGGAAGGAAUACAGUGGUACCUCAAGCUUACUACAAUAGUUUACAGAGAAGAAUAUCUAUAAGAUCAUCAGCGGAUUAGAAUAUUUAUUUCCCACUGAAAAAUUCAGAUUUUAGUUAGAGAGUAAUGCGUAGAAACAGACUGCAGAGUGCAUAGAAUAAUGUUUAUGACGAUAAUUCAAUGUAAGGAUUGAAUUCGCCUCAUCAAGAGGGCUCUAUUGUUGAUUCUAAAACUAACAAUAAUUACAAUUUUUGA